UUCAACUAUUAAUUCGUUCAUUUCAUAUUUUAAUUCAUUGCUCAUGUCUUAUAAGUCGUAGUUCGUGUAUCGUGAUUCACGUUGCCAAUAUAUCUUAAUAAUAUAUUUUGCUAACCUAUGUUGUAAAUCGUUGAAAAUUUGAAAAGGAUAAAGAGAUUGAAUACAUCUCAAUUCAAAAAUUUAAUGAUAUUCCUAGGAAGCAAAAACUGUUUAUUUUCUGGUGGUUUAAAUUAUAAACCUUAUUUUUUACUGUCUGAUUUGAAUUGAAUUGGGUAUGAAGAUAUCGUGAAAAUAUUUAAAACAGUGAAAAAAUGUAUAAGGCAGAUGAUAAUUCACGAAUGUAGUUAGCUAUUUUUAUUUUAUUUUUUAUCAGUUAGAAUCUGUUUUGUGUAAAAAACAAAAAAUAAACAAUGUCAAUACGAGAGAUAGAAAUCUCAGACCAAAUGUUUUCUUUGAGUCAAUCAGACAUUUGUCGACUCUGUGGGCUAAGCAACUCAUCGAGGUUCCUGAUCUACAGAAAAGUAGAUGCUGCUGAAUUGACUAUUGCAGAUUUAAUUAACCGCUAUUUGCCUAUUCAAGUUUCUGAUGAUGAUGAAUAUCCGAGAACUAUAUGUUCAAACUGUAAAUGUCAGUUGGAUAUGCUAGUGAAAUUUAUUGAUGAUUUGUUAGAUGGUCAAAUGUUUCUCAAAAAUGUUUAUAAACUGUAUAAGUCUAAACAGCUUUCUUCGGCAGAAUAUAUACCUAUGGUGGAUGAAAGAACCACUAAUUUCAAGAAUAACAUAAACACUAAAAGUAAUAAUGUGGAAUUUAUAUGUGAGACUUGUGGUUUAACGUUACCUGACAAAAGUGACUUGAAGGCUCAUUUGAAAAAUCAUCAUGAAGAACAACCAAUACCAAGUGACACCUCAACAGUUAAAGUUGCUGAUAGAUUUUCAUGUGAAUAUUGCAAGAAAACAUUUGCUCAUAAAAGUGGGCUUAAUACUCAUUUAAAAACACAUAAAGGUGAUAAAAAAUAUGUAUGUAAAGUAUGUAAAAAAAGUUAUUAUCAAAACGGAAACCUGCAAGAACACAUGCGCAUACAUACUGGAGAAAAACCUUUCAGUUGUGAAUACUGUACAGUAUCAUUUAGAACGUCAUCUCAGUUGAAAACUCACAUUCGAUGUCAUAGCGGUGCUAAACCUUAUAAGUGUUCAGUGUGUGAACGAUCAUUUCCACAUAAUAAUACUCUGAAAAUUCAUUUAAGGCGUCAUUACGAUGAUCGACAAUACAACUGUGAAUAUUGUCCAAAAAAAUUUGUUGACCGUACAGCGUUGGUCAGACAUUCUCGUACACAUACAGGCGAAAAACCAUAUUAUUGUGAUUUGUGUAACAAGGACUUUGCUACAGUAACAAAUUUUAAAAAACAUAGAAAAAUACACAUGAAAGAUAAAAAUUCUACAGUAUGGGAGCUAACUACAAAAUUCCAAAAAGGCAGUUCAGAAAUUGAUUAUAUAAAUGCUACAAUAAUUAAUGAUAAUGAGCUGCAGGCAUGUGAUAGAACAGAAGACUUAUUUUUAAUUUCCAAUCAAGUUAAGGAUCUGAACACUGAUAUACCGUCCAAUAGUGUAAAUAAUUUGGAUGACCUACUAAAUGUCAACACUUCCUUCACAUCUUUAAAUUCUAUUAGCUUCAGUGAAUCUAUGUUAGAUUUAGCUGAAAACAUUGUACCAUAGUCCAUAGAGCUUAGUAUAUAUAAAUAUAGUUUAUAAUUAUAAUAUAUUAUAUAUUAUGUAUAUUAGUUUAUAUGAGCUAAAAUAACAAUAUUCUGUAUUAUAAUAUUUAGCAAAUGUCACUGACUUUUUCAACAUUACCAUCAGUGCUAUUGAUAAGACUGAUGACCGCAGACUAUAUCCUGUUGAUAAUGUACAUUGAAAUACAAUAUUGUUAAAAGUGUAUUCAAUGUUAAUAUUUUGUAUUUUUAUAAUUUAUUUAUUUUUCUAUGACUCCAAAUGUUGAAGCUUUAUUUUUUAUAAUUAACUAUAAUAAUUAAUCGGUGUCUCUACUUCAUGCAUUAGUAAACAAUGAUUUUUAA